GUGUGUGCAUGUGUGUGCAUUUGUCAAGCAAACAAAUUCAUCCCCAUUUUCAUGUUCCCAGCUGGCAGUCUUUGGAUACUAUGGUGUGUUGUGUAAAGGCUGCCCUGCGGUGCCAUUUGAAGAAAAUGACUCCAUGUCCUCAAUCUUCUGUCGUUGAUUUCCCCGUCUAACAGAUCUGUUGGUUUUCAGCAGAAGCUGAUGAAUGUAACUCCUGCUGGAACAGGCGGCUCUCUCCAGGGAAAGCUGCACAAACACGACUCCUUSAUGCAACGAUUGCCUUCCUCUGUAUUAUCCUGAGUUCUGCUCUGAAUUAACACCGGAACAGUAAGUUCUGCCAUAAGGAGCUCACUGUGAUCAUAACUGAGGAUGAAGGAGCCAACAAACUGAAGAGCUGAAGUGUUGUGGAUCAGCUUCUCUUGUACCUCUUAACUUUACUCAGCUGAUAUGAUGAUGGCACUGAGUGUCCGUGUCAUUCUGGCAAAAAGAUGCAGUCUCACUUUAUUAUCCUAGUCAAGGCCAGUGUUUGUCUAAAAAACGUUAAUGAUAUGCAGCUUUCUGUGAUUUACCUCAGUGAAGAGUGUGGCAUCCAGUAAGUGGGCUUGAUUGAUCAUCAGAUGAUUGAAGGCUCAUAAGGUUUUAGCUGACGAGCUAAAAGACAAAAAACAUCCCUAGAUGUACAUCCGCAGAUAGCAGAGUUUUAAAGUGUUGCUAAGUUUGUUAACGACCAGCUACACAGGCUGGUUUCAUUUCUAUGAUGAAUCCCAGAGACAGUGUGGAGGUUAUGGAGACCGAGAGAGGAGGUCAGAAGGAGAAACUGAUGGGAGAGAAAACCAGUCCUGGAAUGGAGAUGGAUGGUGAAGAUGACAAAAUCCCUGGAACUUACAACUGCAACAUCUGUGGACGCAGCUUCCCUUUCCUUAGUUCUUUAUCUCAGCAUAUGAGACGCCACACAGGUUCACGCCCCUACAAGUGCCCCUACUGUGACCACAGGGCUUCUCAGAAGGGCAACCUCAAGGUCCACAUCCGCAGCCACAAACUGGGGACGCUGUCCAGCCACCACUCCAAUGAGGACGAAGAGGGUGGGGCCGAGGAGGAGGAGACAAAAGUUUCAGAGGGUCUCAAUGGAAGCACCAGUCCAACUAAAAGCAGUUCAGCCUGUAACAAGGUGGUCAAUGGGGAUACUGGUGAAGAAAGCCGCAGGAAAAUGCCUGCACGGAGCAUGAAGAGAGAAAAAGCCGUGACCAACCAACGGCCUUUCUGUUGCCGUCUUUGUGGCUAUGAGGCCCAGCGGGAAGAUCAGCUUCUCAGCCAUAUAGAGAAGGUCCACAUAACAGCAGAUGCAGAAGAUGAUACCUUCUCUGUUAAGGAAGAUGAUGUUACUGAGUCUGAUGCCAUGCAAGCCCAGGGCGAUGGGAUGUUCGCCUGUGAGACCUGUGGCCAGGUCUUUACCCAAGCCUGGUUUUUGAAAUCACACAUGAAGAAACAUGCUGGAAUACUCGACCACUGCUGUCGAAUCUGUGGGAGAAGGUUCCGCGAAGCUUGGUUUCUCAAAUCUCACAUGAAAACUCACAAUACCAAAUCCAGAUCUCGCUCAAAAGCAGAGUCAGCUGAGCCUCCAGCCACUAUCAAUGAUGUAGCCCAGGAUCCUGAUAUUUUUACUGCCUCUGUUACCUCUGUCUAUCAGAUGUGCUCCAAAUGUGGGAACCUUUUUCACAGCAAAGAAAGCCUCAGAGCUCAUGAUAAGGUUCACAGUCAGAACUUUGCCAGAAAGUCUCCCAUCCGGUUCCGGCCCAGUGAUGACGAGGGCUCACCGGCUGCUAAGAGACGUUUCCUUGAAUACUUCAACCUCCAGUGUGUUGAAGAAAAGGCUCUUGAUGAAGAGGAGGACAAUGAGAAAAAGAUUCUCGGUCAAAGAAUUCUAGAGCUGGAUCCAGUUUGUAGCUACCAGGCCUGGCAUUUGGCCACAAAAGGAAAGAUUGUGGAGCCAGUGGAGCCUAGUUACAAGACCUCCUAUGUGGGAGGAAAUAUGAUGGAGGACAGCCCUCCUGAAGCAGCUGUGGUUUUUGAGAGGGAGAGCAGUCAAUAUGUCCUUCAACGGCAAGAAAAACGAAACUCAGGCAGACGCAGCAACUCAGUGUUGGGGAGUCAUACCUCAUCCGGCGACAGGACACCAGAGAGCCUUAGUGACUCUGAGUACCGACCUUCAAGUCGCCAAGACAAACGGCGACCAUCCCAGUCCCAAGCCUCCUCUUCUAAGGGAAACGAGUGCUUUGAGUGCGGUAAGACGUUCCGCAGUCGUCACCAGAUGAUUGUCCAUCAACGGGUCCACAGGAAGGAUGGAGGCAGGGGAUCUUUAGAAGACAAGGAGAGAACCACAAGGGACAAUCAAUGGGGCCCUGCCAGUGAUCCGGAGUCAGGCUCCGCCAGCAGACCCAGCACUCCAGGGUACGGAGACUCACCCCCUGCCUCAACCCUGGGAGAACAGGCUUCUGAGAUGGGUACUUCAAAUUCUGGAGAGCUUGCAGAUGAGAAGCCCUACAUCUGCAACCUGUGUGAGUUUGUCACCACAGAUUCUCAAGCAUAUUUCACUCAUGUUGAUGUCCAGCACCCAGCUGCCACCAAAGACACAACCAGCCCUGUUCCCAGCUUCACCUCCAGCUUGGACAAAGGCACCCCCAGUGGUUACCCCAAACUCAAGAACACUUUGAUUCAGGGGCUUAAAAAGUCAUCUCAUGCUUACCUCUCAGCUCGUUCCUCCCCCAGUGAUCCCAACAUGAUCCCUGUUGAUCUGUGUGUAAGGGCUGGGGGCAUUAGGGACAUGAACUCCCUACCUUUAGACAGGAAAAGCCUUCCUAGCCACAAGUGCUCCUUCUGCUCUCACUCCACCCGCUACCCCGAGGUGCUCUGGAUGCACCAGACUGUGGCUCACCGCAUCAACAGCAGUAGCUCCAAUCUAGCUCCUAAGUGGGCUGUUAAAAACAACUCAAAGGGCUCCAGAGAUGGCUCGUUUUCCUCCCGGAGACGGACCGGACCGCCACCAGUUCUGGAAGGAAGGGAGUGUCCACCACUGCCUCCGCUGAUGCGCACGCAGAGAACACGGCCUCCAGUCUGUUCCAGCGAGGUUCCAAAGAAGAGCAGGCCAGUUAGUCAUGCAUCUUCUUCAUCAUCUGCUCCCUGUGCCUCCUCCUCAAGGAGCUCCACGUCUACUUCAGGUAGCCAAGCUGGGCGAGCCCCAGUACGGCCAGUCAGCAGCACCGUCAAACACAGAGAGGAUCACAACCAUCGCUUCAGACCCAAGGGGGAAGCGCACUCUCGAGGAAGCUCUCUGGCUUCGUCAGGCUCUGUGGAGAAGAACAUCAGUAGCCACUCUCGCUCCUCGGCGCCGAGCCCCAUCUCCGCUGCAGCUUCCAGGAUUUCCGACCGGUACGUGAUGCCUCAGGAGGGCCUGGGCUUCAUGCUGUCCAGCAAGCACAGCUUCUCAGCAGACUACAGCCGAGCUCAGGGCUUCUCUCAUCAGCCAAGCUCCCACAGUCAGGGUCGGCCCAACCCCUCCAAGCCUAGCACCGUCACUCAUAGUUCAGCCAUGAAGCAGAGCUGUGGCACCGCUCGUACACAUGGAGGCUCUGUGCCGAAUUUUUCCUCCCCCUCUUCCUCCUCCUCCUCCACUUCCUCCACUUCAAUAGCUUCAGACAGUCGUAAAGAGGUGAAGCAGGAGCCAAUUGCAGCAACACCAGAGAUGCCAACAGAUAUCCUCAGCUUCCUCAAAAACUACAGCCCCCAUGAGCUGGCAGCCCUGUACCACCGCUGGGGUGCAGCCAACGUCCUGAUGGAACCCACAGGAGUGCUGAGAUCUGUCAUGCAGCAGGGCCAGUAUUUCUGUCAYGAGUGUGGGAAGAGCUUCAGCCAGCCCAGCCACCUGCGCACGCACAUGAGGUCCCACACAGGGGAAAGGCCAUUCAGCUGCCAGCUCUGCCCAUACCGAGCCUCUCAGAAAGGGAACCUAAAGACCCACGUCCAGAGUGUCCACCACUUGCCUUUUGAUAACAGCCAGUAGCUGGACAUACAAGGCCUGACCCUGAGCCAGGAAAAGCACAGAGAACAGGCUGCCAAACUCCUACCAAAACCACAAUAACAACAGACUGAUGGAUCACAACAUGGACCAGAGGACCACCCUAGUUUCCCCAAAAUACCCUGACAGAUUUCUUGUAACUCUGAGGUUUGAAAGUCGGACCCAAGACUCACGAUUAACUCACUGGUCUUUACUGAACCUGGAAUUUUCUACCAUGAAAGUUCUUGAUGUUUGGAACUCUUUAGUUUGGUUUUGUGAAGAAAUGUUUUCAAGCUGUGCUAGGAAAUGCUAAAAAAUAGAGUGUCCUAUGAUAAAAAUAUUUGAAGCCUUUAUAUUUUAAAGUGUUUUAGCAAAUGAAGAAGUUAGGAGUGAAACUAUAAGAGUUUUCUAAGCAAGAAAGCUGGACUCAUGACUAUUGUUGCAGAUGUUGCAUGGUUUACUUUAAUAUGAAGGUUCGAAAACCCUUAAAAGAUUUCUGAUCGUAAAAAAACCCCCACAAUUUAUAGAUUUCUCCUUUGAAGCCAUUUUCGAGGUACCAAGUGAAGGUGCCAAGGGCAGCCUUAAAGGAAAAGUUAUCUUUCUAGAAAGAAGAGAAUCUUUUUCAUCAAGAACACUUUGGCCACCAAAACACGGUUUUAGAUUGAAGUUUGUGCRUUUCACUGGACAGCAACCAUCAAGCUGCUACAACAAAUGACUCCCAAAUCAUGAAGAGACACAUUUUGAGCUUAGAUUUGAUUUUAGAAGGUGAAAGGUGUUGUAGUAAUUCAAGCCUCCACUCUGCAGAGUGGUUUAUCAAUGACCAAGAGACGUUGGGUUAGAAAGAGAGAACUAAUGCUGAAGUGUGCUCCGUAGGKGAAACAGCCUAGGUCUUUAAAGCCAAUUUAAAUGGCCGUUCAGUUACUGUGCAUUUCAAAAGAAGAGACUGAAUGAAGUUUUUUCCCAUAACUCGUUCAUAAUCUGAGUGUCUCAGACUCCGAGCAUUCAGUUUGGACCUAAAAUGUGUCUAUGACAAAAGAAGGCAGGAAGGUGUUUGCUCAGAUAAAAGCAACUAAACCAACUGUUUAUGAAAAAAAAGAAUAUGGUUCUACUGGUGGAAACCCAGCCCCUUUACAAUCCAAAAACAGAAAUUGUGACUUUUUGAGGCUAGAAAAAAACAUAACUUUAGAUUGUUUAGUCUUUAAAUUUACUUUUUUGUGUUUGAAGGCAAUAAUGUCUUUGUGCUACGUUGGAAUUGUGUUACCAAGUCAACUAAAAAAAAUUACAAAUGUACUUUAGUACACAAAAAGUAUAUUUUUUUGACUUUUCUGUUUUCUUGUUCAGGAAGGAAAAUCGAGUCAGACCUAAUUUCUCCAAUCUUGUGCAAAGUUAGUGUCCUCACUUCCCAGAAUGUAAACUUUGUAAAUGUUUGAGCAAAACUGGCACGCUGAAUUCCAAAUGAGCAGAGCGUAAACAUUCAGGCGGACUAAAUGAGCCCGUCUUUCAAGCUGUCGGUCCCGUUGUGUUCAGAUUUGCAUUCUGAGGGACCAGAGCGAGGAGGUCAGCAGCCAGAGGUCAGGCAGUCAGGCUUCCAGAGAGUUCAGGGAUAAAAACAUCAGGUGGAGACACUAUGAAAGCUCCCAGAAAUAAAAAGCUGUCACACGUGUGUGUGUGUGUGUGUGUGUGUGUGUGUGUGUGUGUGUGNGUGUGUGUGUGUGUGUGUGUGUGUGUGUGUGUGUGUGUGUGCCUGUUCAGUUUGAUUGAGAUUUUAUUUGAAACAAAGCCAAAGUGUUUGGUUUUUCAUUCUGAAAUAAAACCUGUGCUUAAAUCAGUCACACAACAAAUUGAAAGCAGCUUAAAGUUCCUGGACUUUAAUUUCAAACCCACCAGAGACAAGAGAGAAAGCAGAGAACUGUUACAGUUGCAGAGAUGUUUCCUACAUGCAUACAAAACUGUGUGCUUGAACAUGCCUAAUUAUACACAAAUGUUUGUAAUAAAGGUUGUUGUUAGCUAAAAUACUUGAAACUGAUCCUUUAGCCUUUGAGGUUGUGUAGUACUAAUACCAAUGUUGUACAGAAUUCCCUUUAAGAUUAACUCUUCAGAAUUUGUACUCCAAAGUGUGGCUUAGAAAACUAUAAAGCAGGAGUGAGUGUAAUAUAAGGUGUACAUGUGGAAUCCACUUCGACCAAACCCUUUAUGACCUGCAGUAGAAACCAAAUUGCAUUACUAGUGCACAUAGACUAGGUUAGUGCUUUAACCAGUUUCUUUGUUUUUGACCAAUUCUAGUUAGAUUUAUUUUAGAGGGGGGUUAUUUUAUGGGUGCUGGCUAACUGACUUCACUGAUGUAGAUGCUACUGUCAUUUUGUUCAGAUGAUUACAAGAGUUUGAAUGAAAAUGUGAUUUUUAUUUGAUGUUUUUAGUUGCAUUUUUUUAUGGCAGGUUGGAUAAUGCUUGAUUCAGUUGUACUUAAUUCUUCACAAACAUAUAAAUGUGAGUUUUUAGUUUCUUUUCUAAACUGUAGGGUUUGUUCAGUAGCUUUCCCCACCCUGCCCCCCUCCCACCAGGGACAGGUGUUUCUUUUUAGCUGUUUUAUUUUCAUACCUCUAAAAUGUAUUAUUUGUGUCUGUGUUGCUUAUUUUUGUUCUGAUUUCAGAUUAAUUUGCUCCAGAAGACAUUAUUCCAAAUGUACUUGGUUGAUAUCUGUAUUUAUUAUCACUUCAAAAAGGAUGAGAGGACCGAGGCAGACAGGACUCAUUGUUUUCAUUUGAUUUUUCUGGGUUUAUGUGUUAACAAGGUAGUUUUAAAGCCAGCAAGCCGAUGUGGAAGCUCUACCUCGUCAAAGCCAUUCUCAGUUCUGUUACACUUUUUGUACAUCAUUUCAAAAAGAUGUAAUGUCAUGUCCACAAUAAAGACACACAAAAUGGCCCCA